GAAUGAUAUAAAAUCAUUACUUUAACUAGUAUUCUACAUUUCGUGACAACUGAAGUAGUUAUUUUGUCUUUGACUAACGCUGUAUUAUAAUCGUGAAAAUGAUGUUUGUAUAUUUAUUGUUGGUAUUCAUUACGAUUAAUAUCGGUACCGUAAGUGAAGCGAAUCGUUUUUCAGAUUGUGGUGAUUUUUAUUAUUUUUACACCGCGCAAAAUUUAACUGUGCUGGAAUGUAAACUCGUUGAAAUACGCGUGAUCGCAAAAUACUCAACAAGAUACAAUCAUUGGCCAAUCGCUAUAGAAGCACCUAAUGAACCAUUAAUUUAUUUGAACCUUCGUAAAAUCGAUGGCUUGACGAGCAAAAAUACUCCUAUUUAUUUCGGCAAUAACAACGGCACUACUGAUUGUGCAACUACUUAUGAAAAAUCUACUUUGAAAUCUGCACUUUCUAGUUUUAAUUACAUUUUUAUGUUUCAAGAUUAUGAUAGUAGAGCUGCAAUAACAAUAUUUUCCGAUGAUAAUGACAACUAUAAUAUGGAGGGAUUCAUCGGCAAUUAUAUUUUACGACAAACUGUUGACAGAAAAUAUAUUCUAUUAAAAGUAACAUUCCCUCUAAGUGAAAUUCAAAAUAAUGAAUAUAUGAAAUAUAAAAAAAAUGAUCGAUUUGCAACGUGUAAUCUAAGUUCAUCUGUCGAUGCUAUAGAUGUCAAAAUUUUGGUUGCUUUAGACUGGACUUCAAUUAAGCAAGAAUCAGUAUCCCAAUCAUUACAAAACUUACUAGUCUACUAUAAUGCAGUUAAUAUGUUGUUCCGACCGUUCAUAUCACCAAAAAUUAAACUGAUUCUUUCAGGUGUAAUAAUUCCAAAGAAUGAAUAUUCAUCCCCUUACUUUUCGAAGAAUCAAUUUAAAAGUUCAAAUAACAGCUAUAUUAAUUUUAAUGCCAUCAAUGAAAAUAUGAGGAAAUAUUUUUUAAGUGAACAAGCAAACGUAUUUCCGAAAGAUUCAUUUGACAUUAUUAUCGGAAUGACUAACUUACCAUUUUGCGAUAUACAUUACAAUUGUCAAUAUUAUGGUGUGUCGGACCAAAGUGUAAUCUAUAAUAGUAUCUCUCAUAAAAAUGAGCCAGCACGUAUAGUAGGUGUAGUACGACAUCCCCAUUUUCAAGGUAGUUAUGCUGUUGUUGCACGUGAAAUCGCUCAUAUCUUAGGAAGUUCUUAUAACACACCUUAUUAUGCUUUCGAUAAUUGUAAUGGAAUCAUGAACAAAUUUGUAAGACCCGACGAAUGGCCGUUGGAAUGGUCAAGGUGUAAUAUUGAUGAUAUGUCUAUUUACUUCAGCCUCAACCAAUCAUCUGGAUUCUACAAAAGGAAUUGAACAGUAUGAUAAUAAGUGUAUUAUAGUAACUAAGAGAAACAAACAAAACGACUUAUAAAAUGGAAAAUAACGAAAUGACAAAAUUUUUUAAAUAAAAUAACUUUAUUUUUAGCAUUA